UCUUCUGCCAAAAGCAGGGCCGCAUUCGAUCUUAUGAUUGCUCCUUUGGGACUAUAUAUAAAAUUUCAUAAACUAAGCAAACAAGCUAGCUUAGAUUAAUUAGGCACGUAAAAACUAAUAAACAAUAAUGGGUGUUUUUGAUAGUAUUGGAGAGGUGUGUGAGGAAUGGUGUGGAAUAGAGCACAAAAGUAGAAAGCUGAAGCAAAUACAGGGAGUGGAAAUAAAGGUGAAGAUGGAUUGCGAAGGGUGCGAGAGAAGGGUGAAGAAAUCAGUGGAAGGGAUGAAAGGCGUGACAGAAGUGGAAGUUGAACCCAAGCAAAGCAAGUUAACUGUAAAGGGUUACGUGGAUCCAGAGAAAGUGUUAGAGCGCGUGAGGCAGCGCACUGGGAAGAAAGCAGAGUUCUGGCCAUAUGUACCAUACGACGUCGUUCCGCACCCGUAUGCGCCAGAGGCUUAUGACAAGAAGGCUCCGCCUGGGUACGUCAGGAACGUGCUCUUGGAUCGAGAAGCUUCUCAACUGGCACGUGCUAGCUCCUUCGAGGUCAAGUACACCACCGCCUUCAGCGAUGAGAACCCCAAUGCUUGCACUGUUAUGUGA